UUCACCGCGGUGAAAAGCUUCUUGUCGAAGGCGCCUCCUACACAGUCGUCCAUCAUAGGGGAGUCAACAAUUAGGAAGGAAGAAAAGCUUCUGGACGACCAGUGUACUCGUCAGCGAUGUAUAGGAAGACUGAACACCUAACGCGGGUGACAUAUUCGCGACUUCAUCACCUGAAGUGAACGCUUUUGUGACAGAACAAUGCACAUCUUGCUGUGCGCGUGUGCUCGUUAACUGCGCUCUUUCUCCGUCUCACCUACUUCAUCGGCUUGUGACACGCCCAUAGGCGGGAAACGAAGUGCAUAGUGCGAAUGAGGCACAUUUUCCAUGUAACUCUGCGCCAAACGUAAUAUUUGUUUAGAGAGGCACCUCGAGUAUACUCCUGACUAGUCUUGUGCUAAACGGGAGUGAUUGAACUUAGCGAGAUGAAGAACUGAUGCGCGAUAAACGUCAUCCACGAACCGCUGUGUUGUAAGUAUUGUCUUUGCUCUUGCAGCACGUGUCUUUUUUUUUCCAUUGGUUGAAGCGGCGUCUCGUUUGGCGUCGUACCCCGUGCUGAAAGGACGCCGAACAAGGCCCCUCGAAAUUGAAGACGCUUUCCGACAAUGUUUUUCCCUGUAGAGACUUCGUAAAGGAGGCGUACGUUCAUUUUUCUCAAGGGAACUGCGUGCAAAAGUCGUUGUUGAAGAGUUUUAUCCAGCCGCGACUCGCGCUACUCCUUCUCGAGGAUAACCACGACAAGAAUUGAGCAAAACGUGAGAAUUCGCGGCAUGGCGUCCCGCGUUUAUUCUCUGAGCGAAUUCAGAAGAGUGAAAUACUUCAAGAUCUGUAACCGAGUAAUAGUGUACGCUAUCAUCGUGUCCGUAGCAUGUCUUACAUUCGUCCCCUUGAUGUGCCGCGACGCCUCCCCUGGGUACCUCCGAGAGCCUACGACCGCUGAGCCUUCUAAAGUCUCGAUGGAUUCAACAGCCGAGCCCACUUCCGCUGAGCCUUCUGAUAGCUUGAAGAUUUCAAGCUCUGAGCCCACUCUUGCUGAGCAUUCUAAUAUAUUGAAGACUUCAACAGCACGGUCCUUUUCCGUCGAGCCCCAACCUGUUGGAUCGGUGACAGUCAUGCCAGACACUAAUACAUCGUCCACCGCUAAGACAACCUCUGCUGCUUCAGUAUCUGCCGUUACUACUACCACCAGUUCGUUCGCGACUGCCGAAAAUGUGACAAAUAUACCUGGCUCGAAAGUGACAAACGCCUGCGGCUUCCCACUGCGGGUGCUCUACUAUGUUCACACCGCUCCGGACCACUUCCAUAGGCGUCGGGUGCUGCGUGAUACCAUAGGCAACCCCGCUGUAACCGCGUUCGUGAACUCCACCGUCGUCUUCUUUGUCGGCAAGACCACGAACGCAGAAGUGAGCGAGGAAGUGCGUGCGGAGGCGGAGUGCGAAGGCGACCUGGUGCUGCUGGACCACGUAGACACCUACCGGAACUUGACCUUGAAGUUCAUCGGUGCGACAAAGUGGCUCGCUGAUCACCGCUGCCUCAGUUCAUCGACAGAUGUUGUCGUCAAACUAGACGACGACGUCAUUGUCAACGUGUUCCUUCUGGCUUCAUACGUCGAGCGACACAUGGCCGCAGCUGACACUCGCAACUCGAGAACGAUCCACUGCGCCACCAUGCCGCACCUAAAGCCUAUCCGCAAUAAAAAGUACAAAUGGUUCGUCUCGAAGGAAGAGUACGCCAAUGACACGUACCCUCCUUACUGCUGCGGCGCCGCCUACCUCAUGAAGGCGUCCGUGCUGGCCUUGUUGGGUGAGGCAACUGGCAGCGUUCCAUUCUUUUGGGUGGAUGACGUCUACUCCACGGGACUGCUGACGAAUGCGACUAACGUCACUCUGGUGAACAUUAGACGCAUGUGCAAUAUCAGCCCGCCUGCCGAAACGACGGCCGUGAAAAACAAGACUUUGUUCUUUCAUUGGGGUCAGAGACCCGCGCUAUUCAAGAGAGCGUACCGGUUCUGGGCUAGUGUUUUACGUCAAAACCGAACCAUGGGAGCACGCAUACUGGCGACGCAUGAACGAUUCGUGACACUGCCAGCUAUGAAGGGAAAGGGCAAGAAAAGGAAAGGUAGGAAGAUCAACCAGACGGGUGUUCAGCUAACUGUCCUAUAGGUUUUGGAUAAUGGGGAAUACGAAGAAAAAGAUUCAGGAAAUCUAGACGCUUGAAACGAAUUGUAUCGUGAAGAACAAGAAGAGAAGAAAUAGUAGAGAAGAAAAGGCAGAGAGGUUCACCAACUUAAGACAAAUGGCUCGCUACCUCACACGUGGGAACUGGACGGAGGAGAUUGAAAGGUGGAGAGGAAAGAGAGAGAGUUUCUUAAAGGAAACUGACUUGGACAAGCGGCUGUGACAACGAUGUCGCGUACCACGCAAGAGUAAGGGACUGUGACUGAGUGUGUGAGUGCUGUGUUCAGGAGAACAAUGAAACCACUAAAGUAUAUUUGCGUACUCGCCAUACGCAACAAUCACAGUCUUUCAAGGCUUCUGUGUGAAACUCUUGCACUUCUAACUGUAUGCGAAACCUGUUAAAUUUCAGGUUCAGAAAAUGUUAUAUUCAUUUUUUUGCUCUUUUUCGAGUUACAGCUCUUUCGAGGAUUUUCUGUAAAACUCCUGCAUUUCUAACUGUAUGCGAAACCUGUUAAAUUUCAGGUUCAGAAAAUGUUAUAUUCAUUUUUUUUUCUCUUCUUGGAGUUAGAGUUCCUUUCUCUAUAACAUGCAGUUGUUUAUGCUGUACUAAACAUUUGACGCGAAUUCUACUGGAACUCUCUGUUUGCUUUGUUUAUUAUUUGGCGUGAUACUUAUGAAACUCUUACAAUAGUACGCACGUAUGUUAUAAUUAUAUAUAAUUUGAUGUGCAUAUUCUUGCUGUGAACGUCGUAUCCUAGUAGCAAUGUAAGGCUCUCGAGGGACCCAGUCGAGCUUCUUUGAGGAGCUUCAAGCCCUGAAGACCGUCCAGAAUUUUCUGGUGAAAUAAACUUUUGAUUGAUUGAUUGA